GAACAUUCGCCCUCCUCCUACCAGCGCGCGGGCGGCGGCGGCGGCGGCACCGGGGUCACGAACUCUGACCUUUCACUGACAAAAACAAUAACAAACCCCCCCGGCCCCGCGACCCCGGCGGCGCCCUCGGGCCCGCCCCCGCCGCCCCCGCUCCCACCGCGGCGUCUCGUCUCUCCCGCCUGCUGCCCCGCGAGCCCGCGGCCCCCGGGCUCCCGCCAUCCGCCGACGCCGGGAGCCGGGCCUCCCCGCGCCCUGCCCUCCGCGCCGGGGGCCGCCCGCCGCAGACACGGGACCUGCUUCGAGGCCGCUUUGGCGCCCCAUCCUGAGGUACCGCGUCCACAGACCCAUCGGCCGGAAUCUCCAGGGAUGACCAGCCCCUCCCCGCGCAUCCAGAUCAUCUCCACCGACUCCGCGGUAGCCUCACCUCAGCGCAUUCAGAUCGUGACAGACCAGCAGACAGGACAGAAGAUCCAGAUCGUCACCGCAGUGGACGCCUCGGGAUCCUCCAAGCAGCAGUUCAUCCUGACCAGCCCAGAUGGAGCUGGGGCCGGGAAGGUGAUCCUGGCUUCCCCCGAGACGUCCAGCGCCAAGCAGCUCAUCUUCACCACCUCCGACAACCUCGUCCCCGGCAGGAUCCAGAUCGUCACGGAUUCUGCUUCUGUGGAGCGCUUGCUGGGGAAGGCGGACGUCCAGCGGCCCCAGGUGGUGGAGUACUGUGUGGUCUGUGGCGACAAAGCCUCUGGCCGUCACUAUGGGGCCGUCAGCUGCGAGGGCUGCAAGGGUUUCUUCAAGAGGAGCGUGAGGAAGAGCCUGACCUACAGCUGCCGCAGCAGCCAAGACUGCGUCAUCAACAAGCACCACCGCAACCGCUGCCAGUUCUGCCGCCUCAAGAAGUGCCUGGAGAUGGGCAUGAAGAUGGAAUCUGUGCAGAGCGAGCGGAAGCCCUUCGACGUGCAGCGGGAGAAACCAAGCAAUUGUGCCGCUUCCACAGAGAAAAUCUAUAUCCGGAAAGACCUGCGAAGUCCUCUGAUAGCCACUCCCACGUUUGUGGCAGAUAAAGAUGGAACCAGACAGACGGGCCUUCUCGAUCCAGGGAUGCUCGUCAACAUCCAGCAGCCGCUGAUACGCGAGGACGGCACGGUGCUCCUGGCCACGGAUUCCAAGGCCGAGACGAGCCAGGGAGCUCUGGGCACCCUGGCGAAUGUAGUGACCUCCCUGGCCAACCUGAGCGAGUCCCUGAACAAUGGCGACACUUCAGAGAUCCAGCCGGAGGACCAGUCCGCCAGCGAGAUCACUCGGGCGUUUGACACCUUAGCUAAAGCACUUAACACGGCGGACGGCGCCUCGCCCCCCGGCCUGGCGGACGGCGUGGACACCAGCGGAGGGGGCAGCAUCCACGUCAUCAGCAGAGACCAGUCGACGCCCAUCAUCGAGGUUGAGGGCCCCCUCCUUUCAGACACACACGUCACCUUUAAGCUGACCAUGCCCAGCCCGAUGCCCGAGUACCUCAACGUGCACUACAUCUGCGAGUCCGCCUCCCGCCUGCUCUUCCUCUCCAUGCACUGGGCCCGCUCCAUCCCCGCCUUCCAGGCCCUCGGGCAGGACUGCAACACGAGCCUGGUGCGGGCCUGCUGGAACGAGCUCUUCACCCUGGGCCUGGCCCAGUGCGCCCAGGUCAUGAGCCUGUCCACCAUCCUGGCCGCCAUCGUCAACCACCUGCAGAACAGCAUCCAGGAAGACAAGCUGUCGGGCGAGCGCAUCAAGCAGGUCAUGGAGCACAUCUGGAAGCUGCAGGAGUUCUGCAACGGCAUGGCGCGGCUCGAGGUGGACGGCUAUGAGUACGCAUACCUUAAAGCUAUAGUUCUCUUUAGCCCCGAUCACCCAGGUCUGACGGGCACGAGCCAGAUCGAGAAGUUCCAGGAGAAGGCGCAGAUGGAGCUGCAGGACUACGUGCAGAAGACCUACGCCGAGGACACCUACCGAUUGGCCCGGAUCCUCGUCCGCCUGCCUGCGCUCAGGCUGAUGAGCUCCAGCAUAACGGAGGAACUCUUUUUCACUGGUCUCAUUGGCAAUGUUUCAAUAGACAGCAUAAUCCCCUACAUCCUCAAGAUGGAGACGGCGGAGUACAACGGCCAGAUCACCGGAGCCAGCCUAUAGUACCCACGCGCGCCCGCCACCGCCCGUGGGACCCGCCAGGACCGCUCGGACCAAGGGGAGCAAAAGUAGUGGUGUUUGGUAUGUGCAAAGGGUGGCCGGGUCCCACCCGGUUCCUCCUGUUGACCCCAGACAGUGGGAUCCUCUCCCGCCGUGAGAAGCGUUUUCAUGCCUUUUGAUGAAGAUUUUGGAAAAAUCUUUUAACUCCAUUUGUAUUUAGCAAUUCUCAAAGGGCAAAAAACCAGAAAAAUGAAGUUUUAUAAUGUCAGAGACUAGUAUUAAAGCAACUAAAAGAACCUAAGAGAACAGUAUGUGUGUAAAUAUAUUAAAAAUGUCCUUGGAAUUAAUAGCUACUAAUUGCCAGGGUGACAAUAGCACUUUCUAAGCACUUGUUAUCAAACUUUGUAACGUUAGCGACACCUGCCUGUGGGCGGGGCCACGGGCACCUUUGGCUGGAGCGCUGGGGACUGGCACCGCGGGUUCCGGAGACAAUCAUUUGUUUAGAGCGACGUGGCUCCUGUGAACGGAAACGUGGCGGCAGGGCUGACCGUCCGGUCCCCUGACCGCGGUCCUGGUCUGUGGCGGGCUUCUGCGGACUCUCCAUCAGCUGCGCCUGCUUCUGAGGAUUAGGUUGGAGCUGGUCAGACGGAACGGCGACAGGAGACCUGUCACACCUCCAGCAACGGCAGACGUCCUCAGGUCACCUCACGCUCGUGGCAGCUGCAGCCUCUGACCCAGCAGGCAGGGUGGGCACCCUCCACCCUGGACGCCCCUUCCCGAGUAGGCGGGGUGGGGGCUGCGUGGACAGGGACGGUGCAACUUCUGGCAUGUGAGGACCCCAAUCCAGGGGUUUCCACCUGACACCCCGGGACCAGGUCAGGGCCGGUGGCACAGGAGCCCAGCAGCUCGUCCUCUGCAGGUCAUGAACAUCAGGGGUGGCCUCUCACUGUCCCAGUGCGUGGUGCCCCUGUAGAAAGCAACCCUCAUCCCCAAGGGACCGUCUUCCACAGAAGUUAGUGACCAGAGUUGACACCAAAAGCCGAGCUCGGUUACCAGGCAUACCGUCACCUCCAUGAGCAUAGUUUGCAUCUGUUGACCAGGCAGCCUGUCCCCACGGCACUGGGUGUGUCCUCCUGGGGUGGGCAGCGCUCCGGACUGUGGCAGCACAAUCAGGGGAGACGCAUCCGCCUCGGGCUCCAUCUAUCUCUAGGGCUGUUCCUCCUUGUGGGCAGCAGAGGCUGGAGAGAGGCUGUGGUGGCCGAUGGACUUGAGUGUUUAGGGAGGUGGACAGGCUCCCCGAGAGCAGAGCUGGCCUGGUGGGUGUCCCUCGAGCCGCUACUUCCAUGUUCUUGCAUUUCCGAGGGCCGCAUGGUGGCCCGGGGGCCCCGUGUGCCUGCAGAGGUGCCGGCCUGAGCUGCCCAGGGCUGAGCCCGGAGGAUGCUCUCGGGCUCAGAAGUCCCUCGUGUGGCCGGAGCCUCAGGUUACUUAAGGACACUCACCAUUUGGGGUGCGGCCGUCACAGGCUGUCAGCGUUGGGGAGCUUGUGGUCUGGGUGUGACGACGUGAGGCCAGGUCCUCGAGGUGCUCUGCAUGGAGCCUGGGUGAGGACACCAGCCCAGGGGGAGGACAGUCCCCAUGGUCACUUCUUGGUUAAGUGGCCUUCUUCCUAGAAGUAGCUCAAAUGACGUUGAGUCAGGUGUUGGAGUCACGUGCGCGUACACCAGACAGGAAAAGACCCAGGCGCUCAGCCCAGUGUCACACUGGUCCCUUUCCUCCCGGAAGGUGACAUGCUGCCCAGCCUCUGCCCUUGGGCUGAGGUUUUGGGGUCCUUAAAUGGGUUUUUCUAUUGGAUCUGGGGUGUGGUUGCCGUGCGCCCUCGUUUUCUAGCUGGUGGGCACCCCGGGUGGGCAGGCAGGGCUGGACACACCCCUACCCGUGGCCACUUGGGCAGCUGGCCAUGGUGGGAGCCAGCCUGAGGCUGGAGCCUCGCCCUGUCCUCUGGGGACGCCUCCCUACAGAGCAGUCCUGGUGGCAGUUGGCAUCCGUGUCUAGAAGCCUCUGGCUAGUGGCAUUCAGGUCCCCUCAGCCUGUUAAGUGUCCUGUGAGACCCGAUUUUUCUCCAGGUGCCCUUCAGUCCUGGGAACACGUCAGCCAGUGAGCAGAUGCCCCCAUGUCCCCUGCCCAGCCACCAAGCUCUAGGUCAGUCACGCAGCUCUGAAAAUUGUCUCAACUUUGUAGAUUUUGAAAGCCAAGACCCCAGCGCGACAGGGCGGCUCUGGGCCUUUGGCACUCUAGGUUCCGGGCCACCCCUCCUCCUGCGUCCCCCGCAGUGUGCACUGGGCGUGUCCAGCCCCAGGGCUCUGCAGCAGCCUGGGUGAUGUACGUGUGUCCAUGCCCCGAGUACAGAGCUGUAUGGUGUGUGACAGACGCCCGCCCCUGCCCUGGACAGUUCUGUGACAGGUGCUCCAGGCCCCUGGUUGGGGGAGACGCUGGUUUUCCUACCUGCAUCUUCCUGUGGGGCAGCCCCUCUCUCCAGACAGGAAAGGAGGGGACAGGAGGACAUUUCUGUUCACACGAGGGCUGCAGCGUCCCCAGCUACGUGGCCAUUUCUCAACUCGGUCACACGGCAGCUGGCAGCCCAGCUGGAAGGAGCUCCCCAGGUCCCGCGCUCCACGGGGCCAGAGCCAGGCCAGGGUGCGGACUGUCCUUGUCAGCGGGGCCUAGAGCGGUGGGGGGGGGGGGUGUCCUUUGGUGCAGUUCCCUGUCCCCUGGGGGCACGGCGGGAAGACCCCAGGCUAAACUCCUUUCUGAAAAAUUCAAAUCAUAAUUUUCAGAAAAGAACUGGUGUUUGUCCUUAAAGCCACAGACACCAAGGUUCUGUCACCAGGUCUAACCUGAUGACUGCCCAUAAUCGGGCUCUGAGCAGAGACCCGGCCCUGCAGCCAGGCCCAGCCUGGCGGUCACUGCUGGAUGACCGGGACCCUUCCGGGCCCCAGGCUGCUCUUUUCUCAGUGCAGCGUCAGCAUAUUCGAGGACACGGGGACAGUGCUCAGUGCCUUUGAGAGACGUGGGCCCUCAGCGCUUGGCGGCCCUACUUUGAUGUAAAACGAAGGUGGCGCUGCUGUGGCCCUCACCUGCUGUGACAAUCACAUGUUUGAAAGUGGCUUUCUAGCUGAAAAACGUGGAAGCCUGCCUGACACUCUGUCACCUGUCUGGCCGGCACAACAGUAGCCGAGUGACCCCAGCCACUUGACGGGGCGUUAAAGGGUGAAGGUUGGGGUGGCGGUUGGGAACAGCAAGCUCUCCCUUAGGAGUGGCUUUUCCUCGGGAGCAGGCUCAGUUGUGAGUGGCAGACUUGCUGUCCUCUGUCUCACCUGUCCCCGGGGUCCAGCGCUGGCCUGGUCCUCUGACGGCGAAGCUGCACAUGUCCCCACACCCCAGCUGUGGGUCCCCGCUAGUUGGGACUCCUGUUAAAAUGUAGCCGCGUCCCAGCCCUUAAAAAGGCACCCCCCAGAGGACAGUGCAGGCGUGAGGUUUCCUGGGACCAUCCUUGUCACCCUGCCCUUCUCUCCUUGACGCCGUGACGUUUGGACUCCGGGUUGAGACCCUGUGGAGGCUGCAGCUGUGCACAGCUCCCGUCCCCCGUGAAGCGAGCGUUGUUCUGUGAUGGCAUUUCAAUGGCAUGUCCUUUUUAACCCGAUUUUGUAUCUAACGCUGUCCCGCCCGCGGCCCUGCGCUGUGUCCGUGGCGCUGCCGUGCAUGCGCAGCUGUGUGCGUGACCCAUGCUGUCUGAUGUGGCCUCGCUGUGGCCCACCCUGCUGCCCACAGGAGGGCAGACCAUUAAAAGUGAAUUAAAGCCUCGUGUGCGCCUGCUCCUCAUUUCUCCCCACC